AAGAGGAAAUAUCUUUGCCACACAGAAUGGAGCGGUUGAGUUAAACCAGGCAAAGAAACGGAGGGCACGCUGGAGCGAGCGCUGCAGCAAUAACAAAACACAGUUAUGAUUGCAGAAAGUGACAAUAACUCUAAUCGCAGCCAUGGAGGAGAGUAAGGAGCUGGAGAAGUCUGUGGAACGGAGAGGGAAACUAACACCAGUUCUGGCACUGGCCACUCUUAUCUCUGCGUUUGGUUCAUCUUUCCAGUAUGGGUAUAAUGUGGCUGUGAUCAACUCUCCAGCACCAUUCAUGCAGGAGUUUUAUAACGAAACCUACACAGAUCGUUACGAUGAACCGAUGGGGGACAACCUCUUGACCCUCCUGUGGUCAGUGUCUGUGUCCAUGUACCCUCUGGGAGGCUUCUUUGGAUCUCUGAUGGUGGCUCCUCUGGUUAACAAGCUGGGCAGGAAGGGCACCCUUCUCUUCAACAACAUCUUCUCCAUCGUCCCGGCGAUCAUGAUGGGGGUCAGUGAGAUCGCCAAGUCCUAUGAGAUCAUCAUUGUGGCCAGGUUCAUAGUGGGGAUAUGUGCAGGUCUAUCAUCGAACGUGGUGCCGAUGUACCUGGGAGAACUCGCUCCCAAAAACUUGAGAGGGGCUAUUGGCAUCGUCCCACAGCUCUUCAUCACCAUUGGCAUCCUGGCUGCACAAGUGAUGGGCAUCAGAAACAUACUAGGCAACAACACAGGCUGGACCAUCAUGCUUGGCUUGACGGGCAUUCCUGCAGUGAUAGAGCUGGUUUUCCUGCCCUUCUUCCCAGAGAGUCCCAGGUACAUGCUCAUCCAGAAGGGAGAUGAGAAGAACAGCCGGAAGGCAUUGCAGCGUCUCCGCGGCUGGGAUGAUGUGGAUGCAGAGGUGGAAGAGAUGCAUCUGGAGGACCAGUCGGAGCGGGCCGAGGGCCGUCUGUCGGUGGUGUCCCUGCUGUCCCAGAGGUCUCUCCGCUGGCAGCUGAUCUCCAUCAUCAUUAUGAACAUGGGCCAACAGCUGUCAGGGGUCAACGCGAUCUACUACUAUGCAGACAGUAUUUAUGGUUCUGCAGGAGUAAAUGAGAAAGACGUCCAGUACGUUACAGUGGGGACAGGUGCAGUGAAUGUCUUCAUGACCAUAGCGGCUGUCUUUAUCGUGGAGUCCUCAGGCCGACGGCUGCUCCUUCUUUUGGGGUUUGGCAUCUGCUGUGGGGCCUGUGUGCUGCUGACUGUGGCCCUUCACUUCCAGGAAAACGUAUCAUGGAUGCCUUACAUCAGCAUCGCGUGUGUCAUCAUCUACGUCAUAGGACAUGCCAUCGGUCCCAGUCCCAUUCCCAACGUGGUGACCACCGAGAUGUUCAGGCAAUCGGCCCGGCCAGCAGCUUUCAUGGUCGGAGGCUCCGUCCACUGGAUCUCCAACUUUGCUGUUGGCCUAAUUUUCCCCUUCAUGGAGAGAGGCCUCGGCGCCUACAGCUUCAUCAUUUUCUCCGUCAUCUGCCUGGUCACGCUGAUCUACAUCUGGAUGGUGCUGCCUGAAACCAAGAACAAGACCUUCCUGGAGGUUUCCCAGAUGUUCGCCAAGCGGAACAAAACGGAGAUCAAAGUCGGGGAUGGAGAUCUGCCUCUUAAGGACAGCAAAGAGAGCCUGGAUAAUUCAGAAAGGAGCACAGCCUUCUGACGACAUAAACGAGAGAACUGAGAGGAAAAUUUUAGCUGCAGGAUGCAUAGAGGGAUAUCAGAGGUUUAAUUGUGAC